GGGCGCGGCCCGAGGGUGGGCGCGCCGCCAGUUUCGGUGGCAGCCGCUCUUUUGUUCUUGGGGGGACGAGUGUGAAGCGGGUGGCGGCGGCAGCGGGACGCUUGGACAGUGCGGGCUGGAAAGGCACCGGGGCAGGGUAGACCGAUGGAGCACUACGACUCAGAGUCGGCCAGCAAGGUCACCCACUGGCAGCAGACCUACGUGGACUCGGGCAUCCAGUCGGGCAUCAACACCAACGUCCCCUCGCUGAGCGGCAAGGGCAGCCUAGAGGAGGACGACAUCUGGAAGCACGGGCACUACACGGUCACCACCACCAGCACUACCUGCAGAGCGGUACAGCUGCCAGAGAUGGAGGAGCAGCUGGCCUCCACGCGGGGGCAGCGGGUCCGAGCCGCCAUGUUCCCGGAGACCCUGGAGAGCGGCGCCCGCAUCGUGCACACUCAGAUCGACCCCGGCCAGGAGACCAACGUCCAGAAGCUGUCGGAGUCUUCGCAGAUGCUGAAGGCAGCCAUCGUGCAGCUGAUCAAUUACCAGGACGACGCGGAGCUCGCCACGCGCGCCAUCCCUGAGCUCACCAAGCUGCUCAACGACGAGGACCAGGUUAUCGUCAGCAAGGCGACCAUGAUCGUCAACCAGCUGGUGAAGAAAGACGCCUCGUGCCGCGCCCUGGAGCAGUCCCCGCAGAUGGUGGCGGCCGUGGUCCGGACCAUGCAGAACACCAGCGACAUGGAGACGGCCCGGCACGCGGCCGGCAUCCUUCACAACUUCUCGCACCACCGCGAUGGCAUGCUCGCCAUCUUCAAGUCCGGCGGGAUCCCAGCCCUGGUCAGGAUGCUGAGCUCCCCCGUCGAGUCCAUCUUGUUUUACGCCAUCACGACCCUUCACAAUCUGCUCCUGCACCAGGAGGGAGCGAAGAUGGCCGUGCGGCUGGCUGACGGUCUCCAGAAGAUGGUUCCUCUGCUGAAGAAGAGCAACGUCAAGUUCCUCGCCAUCACCACGGACUGCCUGCAGCUGCUGGCCUACGGCAACCAGGAGAGCAAGCUGAUCAUCCUCGCGAACGGAGGCCCGGCGGCUCUCGUCCACAUCAUGAGGACCUAUAGCUACGAGAAGCUGCUUUGGACCACCAGCCGCGUCCUCAAGGUCCUCUCCGUCUGCCCCAGCAACAAGCCCGCCAUCGUGGAAGCAGGUGGCAUGCAGGCCCUGGGUUUCCACCUGACCAACUCGAGCCCCAGGCUGGUGCAGAACUGUCUGUGGACGCUGAGGAACCUCUCUGAUGCAGGUACAAAGCAGGAAGGGCUGGACCCCCUCCUCACCAGCAUGGUCCAGCUGCUGGCCUCCGACGACAUCAACGUGCUGACCUGCGCCACGGGCACCCUCUCCAACCUGACCUGCAACAACUCGCGCAACAAGAUGGUGGUGUGCCAGGCCCGGGGCAUCGUGGCCCUGGUCCACACCAUGCUGCGGGCGGGCGAGAAGGAGGACAUCAUGGAGCCCACCGUCUGCGCCCUCCGUCACCUCACCAGCCGGCAUCCGGAGGCGGAGGUGGCGCAGAACGACGUGCGCAUCAACUACGGCAUCCCCACCGUGGUGGGGCUGCUGAACCAGCCCUUCCACUGGCCGCUGAUCAAGGCUACAGUGGGACUUGUGCGCAACUUGGCACUGUGCCCAGGUAAUCACAGCGCCCUCCGGGAGAGUAACGUCGUCUCUCGUCUGGUCCAGCUGCUGGUCAAAGCUCACCAGGACAGCCAGCGGCAGGCCCCCGGCGGGGGGCAACAGUACAUGGACGGAGUGCGGAUGGACGAGAUCGUGGAGGGCUGCACCGGGGCCUUGCAUAUUCUGGCCCGCGAUCAGGCCAACCGGGUGGUCAUCACUGAGCUAAACACCAUCCCUCUCUUCGUCCAGCUCCUGUACUCCCCAGUGGAGAACAUCCAGCGCGUGGCGGCCGGCGUCCUGUGCGAGCUGGCCCAGGAUCGGGUGGCGGCGGAGGAGAUGGACCAGGAGCAGGCCACGGUGCCCCUGACCGACAUGCUACACUCGUCCAAUGAGGGCAUUGCUACCUACGCGGCUGCGGUGUUAUUCCGGAUAUCCGAAGACAAGUCCCAGGAUUACCGCAAGCGGCUGUCCGUCGAGCUGACCAGCACCCUGUUCAGGAAUGACCCGGAGGCUUGGGAUGCGGUUGACCGAUUGAUGGCUGCUGACGCUUACCAGACAGAGACCAGCAUCCCGUACAACUCCUUCGCGAAUCCCGAGUGUGACCUGGCCACUGACUACAACACAAUGGCGUAGGUGGAAGGCAGCAAAUCAUUAACAGGCCCGGUGCUGAACGAGGGAGGUGUGCGAGGCUGCUCUUUGACAGAACGUGGCAGAGUUUCGGAGGGGGCAAGUGCCUGACGUGACACGGAGCGUCUCUGGUGGGGGGGGGGGGCUUUAUCCGAAAUCUCUCAGCGAGGAAUUAAUUGAGGGAACUUUUCGAACGUCUUGAUUCAACAAAACUCCAGUCCGGCUGAAGGUUUGACUUCUGUCUAACCUGUCUCUUAACACAAUUUCACACCUUAAUCUACCCCCCCCCCCCAAAAAAAAAGCUUUGAACGUUUGGAAUCGCAGUUUUUUUUUUACCAAAGGUUGACAGUCCUUUUUUUUUAAGCCUGUUUCUAGCUUUAGAUUAUAUAGGGAUACGAUUGCUUGUCUUUGCACUCGGUGUUUGGAAAGCCGCUUUAACGGAGAAGGGUGCUGGUGGGGGCGGAACGAGGCUUAAUCUCUCCCGGGGAUCUCCCUCUCUCGUCCCUCUGGCCCGCAGCCGCCUCUCCGGUUGAACCUGGGGAUUUGUGACCCCCUCCCCACCCCCACCCCCCCCCGUGUGGGA